CUCCCUGCGGUUGGUGCAGGCGACGUGAUUCCCGGAAGAAGUCAUCUUCAAGUUGACAAAAGGCACGUUUUAGUUCGUGAAUGAGAACCAUUACAAUUACACAAAUACUAUGCUAUCUAAAAUUAGAAGUCUCGAAACGUCCUGCAGAGCCCUGGACCCUGGCUUUGAACAGAGACAGAAAUGGGUGCACCAGAGGAUCUACUACAGCUAUUUGAGGAGAACGUUGAACGAUGUGGGCUGGUAGAAUCGCAUGGUGGACAUAUGGCAUACGUUAAUAGUGGCGGCGUAUUUCCCUCGGCGCUGGGCGACUACCUUGCUGAUGUCGUUAACCCAUAUUCUGCGGUCUUUCACGCCAGUCCCGGCAGUGUGUGUCUAGAGAAUAUGGUCAUCAACUGGAUUGGACGAACAUUUGGCUUCCCAGAAGGCUUCGUGGGUAACCUCACUUCCGGUGGUUCCGCGUCAACUAUUCUUGCCUUGGCAACUGCAAGAGACAGUAAAAACGUGAAAGCCGCUGAUUUCAGCAGGUGCGUUGUUUACAUGACUCAGAUAUCUCACUAUUGUGUGGAGAAAACCUUAAACACAAUCGGAAUGCGAGAGGCAGUACGUCGCACUGUGCCAACCGAUAAAAGUACAUACAAAAUGAAUGCAGAAGAACUCAAAAUAAUGAUAGAAAAAGAUGUAAACAAUGGCCUUAUACCUUUUCUGGUGUAUGCCACUGCUGGUACAACGGAUCUGGGCUCCAUCGAUCCAUUGAAUGAAAUUGCGUCCAUAGCAAGACAACACAGCUUAUGGAUGCAUGUCGAUGCUUGUUACGGUGGAUUUUUUAUUAUGUCCAACGAGGCUAAACCAAGGUUCCGGGGUUUAUUCAUUCCGUAUGGAUGUGGUUGCGUCAUAGUGAGGCAGGGUAGCAAGUUGAAAUAUAGCAACGCUUUGAACCGUCCAGCUUUCUACCUCGAAGAUUCCUUUAAAGAUGAACGUGAGGAUGAACCAUCGCCAUGUCAUCUAUCAUUCGAACUCAGUCGCCAUUUCAGAGGAGUGCGGGUGUGGAUGCCAUUGAAGCUAUUUGGACUCGCACCAUUCAGAGAUGCAUUGACGGAAAAAAUAUUGUUAGCACGUUACUUCCAUGAACAACUAGCAGAACGAGGCGAUUUCUAGUUAGGACCAUAUCCCGAAUUAUCUGUAGUUGUAUUCCGUUAUGCCAAAGCUUCAAACGACACCGAGAAAUUCAAUAAACAAAUACUGGACAAUCUGAUGCGGAACGGCAGAGUGGCGCUGGCUUCCACACGUCUACGCGAUGUUUACUAUCUUCGUGUGUGUAUCCUCUGCUUCCGUACACACUUGAAAGAGGUUGACUUGCUUUUGAAAAUGGUUGACAAGAACGUUAAGAUAUUACUGUAAUCAAUUUCAAAAAAAUCACAGCAACUAUAUUCAAGAAGUUGAAUAACCUUGAAAUUGAUAAAGUUAUACUAAGUGACGUCAUCUUUGGUAUCGAAUCGAAACCAAAUUACGUAACGUAUCGCAUUCAGUGUAAUAUAUCGUGUUGUAUAUAGCGUACCGUAAUAUAACGUAACGUAAAAUAACGUAACGUAUAUAUCGUAUCGUCACGUUCAUCGAAAGGAAUUCUGGGACGAAUGAAUGGACUGUAAAUAAAAAUGUACAAUAAUGACAAACGG